CUUGUCGUGUGCGACGAGGCGCACGUGCUCAAGAACGCGAACGCGGGCGCGACGAAGGUGCUCAAAGCGAUGGCGACGCGGCGGCGGAUCGCGCUUACCGGCACGCCGAUGCAGAACUCGCUCCUCGAGUACUACGCGAUGGUCGACUUCGUGCGCCCCGACUUCCUCGGCACGCCCGCCGAGUUUGCAAACCAGUACGCGAACCCGAUCGCGCAGGGGCGCGCGCGAGACGCGACCAAGGGCGACGUGCGCCUCGGGCGGCGGCGUGCGCACGUGCUGCACAAGAAGCUCGCCGGCUUCGUGCACCGGCGCGACGCGUCCCUGCUGCAGGCGUCGCUCCCGCCCAAGCGCGAGGCUGUGAUCCACGUGCGCCUCGGCGACCUGCAGCGCAGGAUGUAC